UUGGUAGCUCACACAAACAAGCUGACUUAAGCAACAACACGAUAUAUUCACCAAGAGAAAAUACUUUUCAAAAAAUAUGAAAUUGCAAUUGAUAAUUACCUAUCUCGUCAUUCUCAACUCCUCCACUGGCCAAAAAAUGGAAGUAGCACCAACGUUGCGUUUAUCGCAAAUAGGAAAAGCAAUGAUCGAACAGCGCACGCCUAACAGAGAGACAGCCUUCGUACACAGUAUAAAUGCCGCAGCCGUCACGUAUUUCUUAACCAGGGACUGUAGGAGAGGCAUCUUUAGGAAUUGCGCGUGUGUGCGACAGACGGGCCAAGCUGGAGAAUGGCGGGGGUGCAACGACAAUGUCAAGUUUGGUGAAGUGCUUUCCAAACACUUCCUAAACGCCCGCCAUGUGGACAAGCGCAAGGCCAGAGCGGUCAUCCAUUUGCACAACAACGCUGUUGGGCGCAAAGAUGUUAAGAAGACUUUAAAGCAACAGUGCAAGUGCCACGCCGUGUCCGGCGGAUGUUCGAGCAAAAGCUGCUGGAAAACACUGCCACUGUUUUCCGAAAUAGGAGACUACCUUAAAGCAAAGUACCAAGAAGCUCAAAAAGUCCGUCUGCAUACCAACAAGCUUGUUUUGAAACUUCCUUCCCGUGUGUUUGCACCGCUGACCAAAAAAGCCCGUCGCAGCCUGGUCUUCCUAAAACCCUCUCCAGACUACUGUCACCGCGACACAAAGAAAGGGUCAACCGGUGUGCUAGGUCGAGAAUGUAGCAGCGAUAGCCCAAAUUACUUGGAGUGCAUUCAGAUGUGUACGUCUUGUGAUUUUCGAGUGGAGAAAAAGUUAGCCGUCAGAAGUAGCAAAUGUAAAUGUAAGUUUGUCUGGUGUUGUGACAUCAAGUGUAGCGAGUGCAAGAAAUUGGUUGCUGUUGCGAAUUGUGUGCGCUAAUUGAAUAUAUCUCAGAGAAAAAAUAAUUGUAUCCUAUCUCCUUCUAAAGUAUACGUCACAACUUAGAAUAUGUACAAAGUCAGAACGAUAUGGAAUGUUGU